UUUCUAUAUUCAAUUUAACAAAACAUAUUGCCAUUGCAUAGAGCCAUAUUUCCAUAAAUAUUCCCAUACCUAAUAAGGUGUGACCAGCCUAGUAAGUGGUGUCGAUAUAACUUGGUAUAUUUUUGACGAACGUUUAGUUGUAUACUUGGAUAUUUAUCUUUCGGUCACGCUGGACAACCAAACAAAGGAAGCAAAACAAAAAGUGAGAAAAUGCGCCGCCGAGAACUUCAAACUAUACAAUUGAAGCUCUCCGAGCUUAAGGAAUACGAACAGGCCAAAUUGGAGCGAGCAAAGGCGCGCCAACAAGUGCAUUCCCCCCGCACGCCAACACCCACCUCGGACAGCGACAUCCUCUUGUUGCCCUCCAGCAGUGUGCCGGCUGUUUUGCUAGCAAACAGCACAACAAGCAAAAUUGAAGCUGCAGCAGCUGCUGCGAAUUCAACCCCAAAGCAUAAUGAUGCAUAAAAAGAAAGGAAAUAGAUGCACAUUCGAAUUUUUUGCUGCUCGGAUUGCUCAUCACUGCAUUUCGAGAUCCUCAGGAAGAAAUAUGACAGAGCUAUCGAUAUCCAAAUAAUAAUGUAAUUCGAAUUAAUUUUCACCUCUGUACUUUUAAGUUAAUAGAUAACAUAAACCACACUUAUAUUCAUUUAA